UUUAACAAACACCAACUGCCUGGGAUUCUGCUAACAUAAAUAAAGUUGCUUGUUUCGGGCUUGUUUCGUCUUUCACCUGACAAACUUUCACUUUAAGAAGGCGCGUCUACGCUGCGAUGUGUUUAUCACGAUCCUUAAAGUGGCACAUGGAAACAGUAGCUGAUUUGCGCGUUGCACAAACCCCAUGCACUUUCUGUCUCGCGUGAGGGCACGUUUUACCUAGACUGAUUAACGAAGCGCGUUCCCAAAGAGUGUUUUUUAAUUAUUAUUUAUUUUGUUUUUUCAUCUCUGGCGGCGGCACCUUCAGCGUCUGCGGCAGCGUGAGCUCCCGAAGGCGCACAGCGAGCGAGCCUAGGGAAGCGAUCAGCACAUUCACGCUGACGGGUGGUGAUCUCGGGAUUAAAGCAGACAUGGAAUAAUCACCAGGCAGUCGUCAAAGGUGAAGCCCACUGAUUGACAUGGAGGCACCGCAGGGGACGACCUUUUGUAAGCCCACCUUGGCCAAACGGGAGUAACUGAGUCGUGAAACUGGUUGGGAUGGCAGCAUCCAGUAACUCAAGCCUCUCAGGUUCAUCAUUGUCAUCUGACCCUGAUGAUUAUCAGCCGCCCAUAUGGAAGUCCUACUUGUACCAGCUACAGCAGGAAGCCCCAAGACCAAAUAGGAUCACAUGUCCUCAGGAGAUGGAGAACAGACCCAAAUAUUAUGGCAGAGAAUUUCAUGGCAUGAUCCCUCGAGAUUAUGCAGAUGAGCUGCUGGCAGGUUUAGAUGGUGCAUACCUCAUCAGGGAGAGCCAAAGACAGCCAGGGACACACACCUUGGCCUUAAGGUUUGGGCACCAGACCCUUAACUACAGAUUGUUUUAUGAUGGGAAGCACUUUGUUGGGGAGAAGAGGUUUGAGUCUGUUAACGAUCUGGUGACAGAUGCCCUCAUCACUCUCUACAUCGAGACCAAGGCAGCAGAGUACAUUGCCAAAAUGACCACCAACCCCAUCUAUGAACAUCUUGGUUAUACAUCGCUACUCAAAGACAAAAUGGUGCACAGACUGAGCCGUGGGCGCACAGAGCCACGCAGGGUCACCUUCCAGAGGGAUGAAAAGAUCUCCUCACCUGUGGUGCGACGGAGUGCCUUGAAAGACACACCUGAGAAGCAGUGUUCCUACGAAAAGAUCCACAACUUCAAGGUACAUACCUUUCGAGGACCGCACUGGUGUGAGUACUGUGCCAACUUUAUGUGGGGCCUUAUCGCCCAGGGUGUCCGCUGCUCAGAUUGUGGGCUGAAUGUACACAAACAGUGCUCCAAACUGGUUCCCAGUGACUGUCAGCCAGACCUGCGCAGGAUAAAGAAAGUGUUUAGCUGUGACCUCACCACGCUUGUGAAAGCUCACAACACCACGCGACCCAUGGUGGUGGACAUGUGUAUUCGAGAGAUAGAACUGAGAGGUAUGAAAUCAGAAGGACUUUACAGAGUGUCUGGCUUUUCCGAGCACAUUGAGGAUGUGAGGCUCGCUUUCGACCGAGAUGGGGAGAAGGCUGAUAUCAGUGCCAGUGCCUAUGCAGACAUCAACAUAAUUGCUGGUGCUUUGAAGCUCUACUUGAGAGACCUCCCUAUUCCAGUCAUUCCAUUUGACUUGUACUCCAGAUUUAUUCAAGCUGCAAAAAUUCCAAAUGCUGAAUCCAGACUGGAGGCCAUCCAUGAAGGGUUGCUGCAACUUCCCCCAGCACACUAUGAAACCUUACGUUACCUGAUGGCUCAUCUCAAGAGGGUGACAAUGUUCGAAAAGGACAAUCUAAUGAAUGCAGAGAACCUGGGGAUCGUCUUUGGUCCGACUCUCAUGCAGCCGCCGGAGCAGAACGCCUUGACCACCCUGAAUGACAUGAGGCAGCAGAAGCUGGUGGUGCAGCUUAUGAUAGAGCACGAAGAUGUCUUAUUCUGAGGACGGAUGCACGCAGCCUUGUAACAGAAGUGAUGGACAAUUAUUUAUUCUGUCAAAGAGGAAAAUUCAAGCCACCUUGAUUUCUAGUGAAGACUCAAACUGAACUUGAUUAACUUCUUUCUCGCAUGACAGUUUGAGUUUGUUGGUUUGGUGUUGACAUUGUCUUGUUACUGUAAAAUAAAGGUUUGGAUUCUCAGACAAGACCAUAAUUUUUAUAUUAUGAAAGGGUCCUGUAUUUUUUAACAACUUUCAGUGCUGUUCUUUCAUUUCUGUAGUUGAAAACUGUUCCUACCUGGUGUAAACUCAGUCAUCAUGACAGUGCUGUGAGAGCACAAUCAUUGAAGGCCUGGUGCUGUAUAAACUAAGUCUCACAGAUCGGCCAAGUCAAUGCUCCUAUGUGGCAUGUGCAUAUUGUCGGAACUCUGGUUAAAAAUUAAAUGAUGCAAUGUUGAUCCUUUCAUUGUAGAUAAAAUCAGAUCAUGUAAUGAUCCAUGCUUAUUGUGUGUACCACAAAAUAAGAAAUAAGACAACAGGGCGCUCAUGAAGCACUUUUUUGCAUCAAGAUGUUUAUUUUUGUUUUAACUCUGCAUUGUUGUUUUUUUUUGUCACAAUAUUUGCUGUUGAGAAUGGUCUUUUUUAUAUUAACUAUGCGACGGGUUGUGAGAGCAACAGAUUGUGGGUCUGUCAUCUUUCGAUGUAUUAACUGUAUUUAUUAUGUCUUAUUGAAGGCAGCAGCAUGAGUAAAUCUCUCUGCUACACGUCAGUGUUGCAGUUCUUCAGUGAAAAUUCUGUAAUUUGGGAUAUGUCCAAGUGAUAAGGAAAAUGAUUAUUUUAUUGUUUUUUUUUAAUGCCCUCAUCUUUUUCCAUGCCAGUAACAUCGGUCAGUAGAGUAGGACUUUAUUUUGUAAACAUCACCAUAAUCAGACGCGCUAAAAACUGUGCCAAGCAUGUUCCUCUGUAACUUCUGGUUAUUGAAUUCUUUCUACAGAUCCAUUUUAUCAAAACAUAUUUUUGUGACAGUUGGAAUUAAAAAUGUAAUUUAUGAAAUUAUUAUUAAAGGAUGUCAAACUUGA